AUUCGGGUGUCCAUAUAGGCUGGGAGUCGUGGCAGGGCUGACAUUCACCCUGGGACUUCAUAAUCGCAAUGGCUUUGAGUAGCACUGGUUCGCGUCUUCCCCUGCUGGUUGGGGUGACGCUGGUGGUGGUGGUGUAUACUUCCCAACAAGCUCUGGCAGUCCCGGUACUGAGUGAUGGGUCUUCCAGCAGCAGUGGAAGCUAUACCAGUGGUGAAAGCUACGGCAGCAGUGGAAGUUAUGAAUCCAGUUCUGUUGAAGACUUCUCUGCUGAUUUCUACACCUCAUCCUACAGCUCUUACAGCCACUCCAACAGCUCUUACAGCGACUCCUACAGCUCUUACAGCGAGUCCUACAGUUCUUACAGUGACUCCUUCAGUUCAUCUGCCAACUCCUUCAGUUCAUCUGUGUCCUACUGAUAAUUAUUAACAAUUGUAACUAGUCAAACAAACAUGGCAGCGCAGGUAACUUGAUUUACGCAUGUUUGAUUUACGCGUUUUUGUUGUAACGCACCUGUAAAAAUGUUAUGGGUAAUUUAAUUUGCACGAUUGGUUUGUUUAUAAGCGAUUUGGUCCAUCCACACUUUCAAACUGAGUGCCACACGCAAUUUCGAACAGCUGGCCGAUAGGUGUGAGCUCCAGGGCUGGAUCCAAGAAGCACGUUGUUGUGUAUGUUGGUACAGACAACCUCCCACUGCAACCUCCUGCUCACAUACCAACCUUUGUAAAAUAGCAUCGACAAAGAUUAGUGCUGUUGGCGGGUGGAGGUUCGUAGCCUGCCUAAAAGUACUCAUUGGCUGCCAGGAGCUGGAUCCAAGAAACUUUAACGUCAAAGCAACCUCCUGCAGCGGUGUUUCUUAAGUCAUUCACUAUCACUCAGUGGCAGGGAGUCCAGGUUAUUCUCACGGCAUAAGCGUAUACUAAGAUAUGACAUAGCAAUAGAGGAGUGGAAACAUUUAAUAUCGUGGGGAGAGCAACAUGCACGCUCAAACAGUCACAACAAGAAGUGGCCAAGUCAUCGCGAGUCUCUGCUUCAUCUGUGGCCAAUCUCACCUCUGCUUUAUUUUUUGGGCAUUCCACGUAAGAUUUCCACUUUAUACAUUACAAAACAGUCCUUUCUUGGGGGCAACGUGUGUAAAAAGCUAAUAGAAAUGUUGAUUAGUGAACAUAAAUGCGUAUAUAAGACAUCAACACCACCUGGAGACAUGUUCCUAGCAACCUCAGAGCAACCUUGUCACUAGUGGUCCCUCCAAGCGUUCAUGGAUGCUUAUUUCGCAGAAGGAGGUUGCUCUUCGAUCCAGCUCCCGCUCUUCUGGUGCCUGAUUUGCAGUCUGCCAGCACUGAGUACAGACGAAACCUCUUCAAUCUGCCUAUAAUUCACCCAAAUGGCCCCAAAACGUCCUCCAUCUUCUGUAUGUGGGGUCAUUUUUGAAGGCCGUGACGUAGUGAGUGUUGUGUUAAUGGUGAGUGACUGUGGUGUGUGUGGUGAAGGCCGUGACGUAGUGAGUGAGGAAGCCCAACCUACACUGAGACCGUAGACAGGUUUCUAGUAUUUAGAAUGUUAAAUAAUAAAAACAUGUUAAUUUAGCUUAAUAAAUAGAGUGUUUUG